GACGAAAAACAGACAAACCUGCGAACACUGAGGCUUACUACGCAGACGCAAAGAUCUCUGACAAACUUCUAGAAAAACAAACAUGAGUCACGUCGACGUGAAAAACAUGAAGCCCACCAAGUUUGAGGACGAGUACUACGACGAGUACGAGUACUAUAACCUGACGGAUAAAUACGCAGAAGGUUCGGCUCGGAAGGGCAGGACAAAGAAGGAGGCCAGCGACAACACCAACAGACACAACCCCGCAGGACAUGAGCGCAAGAUCGUGGAGAAGCUCCAGAACAGCGAGAAGAAAGCCAAGGAGUGAAUACUGAGGGAAUCUCGGACGGCUCAUCCCGGAAACCGACCAUGGCGUCCUUGGCAACAGAACGACACGUGCAGAUGGCAGGAGCGUCUGAGCUCCGAUGGGCCCGCAGGUGUUGGAGAGCUCUCA